AAGUGGAACAUAAACUGACAAAAGUGAUCACUUCUGCUGCUUCUUCUUCUUUCAUCCAUUUUCAUUACAAUUCUCCAUUUUCCUAUCUCUAUGUAAGUUUUCUUGAUCUGAAUGUGCAAGUGUGAAUAUCAAAUCUACUGAAUUGUGUACUGUAGUUUGCUUGCAAAUGGAAAAUUCUGGAGCAAGCCCUUUUAAAGAUACUCCUGUUGGUUUAGAUGCAAAUUCAGAGGAAGAGUACUUUUCUCAGUCUACAUUACUCAAAGAGUUUACUGAAAUCCACACAAUUGAGAAGGCAUGGACUUUGAAAUCUAACAGUGGAGCCUCACAGGUUAUGUUCUCAAUCAGUCAACCUAAUAUCCUGGAGAACAAGAAGAGGAGAUAUGUAUCAUUUAGUCACAUUUCCAAAGAAAGAGAUGAUUCCGUGCAGUUUCGUUGGGAUGCUUUCCCUAUUGAGAUGGGGACAACAUCUUUGAUGGUUCCCUCUCCAUCAGGUUCAAAGCUUCUCGUUGUUCGAAAUGCUGAAAAAGAUUCUCCUACAUGCUUCGAGAUUUGGAGUUCAUCUCAGGUGGAAAGGGAGUUUCAUGUUCCUUCAUCUAUCCAUGGAUCUGUAUAUUCUGAUGGAUGGUUCGAGGGGAUUUCCUGGAAUUCCGAUGAAACUUUGAUUGCUUAUAUUGCUGAAGAUCCUGUUUUUGCAAAACCAACAUUUACAUAUUAUGGCUACGAGAAAGGGAAUUGUCCAUAUAAAGACAGUAAUAGCUGGAAAGGACAAGGAGAUUGGGAAGAGGGUUGGGGCGAAGCAUACGAUGGGAAAAGGCUACCUAAGCCUUUUGUCCUCAGCAUUAACAGUGGAGAGGUACGCGCUGUAGAUGGCAUAGAAAAGUCACUGAGUGUUGGGCAAGUUAUUUGGGCUCCAUCAGCAAAAGACUCAUUACAAUGUCUAGUUUUUGUUGGAUGGCCAUCGGGCAACAGGAAGUUUGGUAUCAAAUACUGCACUAAUAGACCUUGCUCUUUGUAUGUUGUUAGAGCUCCUUGUUUCAGAUAUGAACCAUGUCAAUCUAGAACAGAUACGAAACUAUCAGCAGUUGUCCUGACAGAAAGCAUAAGUAGUGCAUUCUUCCCUCGUUUUAGCCCUGAUGGAAAAUUCCUGGUGUUUUUAUCUUCAAAAAGUGCUGUAGAUUCUGGAGCACAUAAUGCAACAGAUUCACUUCAUAGAAUUGAUUGGUCCAUUGAUGCAGAGCCAUAUCCGCGUAACAAAAUUGUUGAUGUGGUUCCCGUAGUGAUGUGUGCUGAAGAUGGAAGCUUCCCUGGGUUAUACUGUUCAAAUAUUCUUAGUAACCCGUGGCUUUCUGAUGGAUGCACUAUGAUUUUAUCAUCUGCCUGGGGCAGCACCCUAGUUGUACUAACCGUGGAUAUCUUGAGUGGAGAUGUAUCGCGAAUCAGCCCAUGCACAUCAGAGUUUUCAUGGGAUGUCCUUACGCUGGAUGGUGACAAUAUCCUUGCAGUAUGUAGCAGUCCAAUCGAUGUUCCUGAAAUCAAGUAUGGUCAUCUUGUCAAAAAUGCCUCCGAUAACACCAAAUGGAAUUGGCUAGAUAUCUCAAGCCCCGUAACCAAAUGCUCUGAAAAGGUGAGGCAUUUUCUGUCAUUUAAGGAGUUUUCUAUAAUGUCGAUUCCUGUCAGAGACGCGUCGGAGAAUCUCACAAAAGGUGCAAGCAAACCUUAUGAAGCUAUUUUUGCAUCCUCCAAAUCGAAGAAGCAUGAUGCAUGUGACCCGAUGAUUGUAGUCCUUCAUGGGGGUCCUCACUGUGUGUCAUUGUCAAGCUUCUCAAAGUCUUCAGCUUUUCUUUGCUCACUUGGAUUUAGCUUGCUUAUUGUAAGUUAUAGAGGUUCCUUGGGAUUUGGUGAAGAAGCAGUGCAAUCUCUUCCAGGGAGGGUGGGUUCACAGGACGUUAAUGAUGUACUUGCUGCAAUAGACCAUGUCAUUGGUAUGGGACUAGCAGAUCAGUCCAAAAUUGCUGCUGUUGGCAUUUCUCAUGGUGGAUUUUUGACAACACACUUGAUAGGCCAGGCACCAGACAAGUUUGCUGCUGCAGCUGCUAGGAACCCAGUCUGCAACUUUGCUCUAAUGGUUGGUACUACUGAUAUACCUGAUUGGUGUUAUUUUGAGGCAUUUGGAAGUGAAGCAAAAUCAAGCUUUACAGCAGCACCUUCAGCUGAACACCUUGCUCUAUUCUUCAACAAGUCUCCAAUUUCACAUGUAUCAAAGGUCAAAACUCCCACACUCAUGCUUUUAGGUGCUAAGGACCUUCGCGUGCCCAUUACUGAUGGAUUACAGUAUGCAAGAGCAUUGAAGGAAAAAGGCGUAGAAGUAAAGGUGAUGAGGUUUCCUGAUGACAUACAUGAACUCGACAGACCGCGAACAGACUUUGAAAGCUUUCUUAACAUUGGACUGUGGUUUAAGAAGCAUUGCUCAUAGAUUGCCAGAUACUUCAUGGUUAAUUUGAAAACUGGUCUCCCAAGGAAAUGUGUUGACUCAAAUUGAUCAAUGAUCAGACUACAGAACUGAGAAAAUGCUUGUAAUAAUCUAACAAGCACUUGAAUACUAUAUUACUCGGACUCUUUACAAAUGCAUCAAGUGCAUGUCAUAUUAUAUUUUUACGAUCUAA